AUGAGUGCUAACGAAUCCGACAUCGAGGCUACGCAGGAAGUUGCUACUGAUCCUAUCCCCUCGACGGAGAGCAGCGAGAAGGAAGUUAUUGAAAAAGCACCGGAUGGUGGUCUCCAGGCAUGGCUUGUUACAGCAGGAACUGCAUGCAUCUUCUUCUCGGCAUUAGGGUUCGCCAACUCAUUUGGCAUAUUUGAGGAAUACUAUCUUUCACACCAACUGAAAAAUGAGUCCGCGGAUAAGGUUGCAUGGAUUGGGUCCCUGGCAGCCUUUCUUCAAUUCGCGGCAGGUGCUCUCGGGGGACCGUUGUUUGAUCGAUAUGGAGCUUGGGUUAUUCGGCCGGCCGCAAUAAUGUAUCUUUUUGCUAUGAUGAUGACAAGUCUAUGCAAGCAAUACUGGCAGUUCAUGCUCGCGCAAGGUGUUCUUCUGGGCACUUCCAUGGGUCUUUUGCAAUUCCCAGCAAUGGCAGCAGUUAUCCAACAUUUCGACAAGAAUAUCGCCGCUGCUUUGGGAGCGGCAGUUUCUGGAUCCUCCAUAGGUGGUGUAGUGAUCCCUAUAGCCCUGUCGAAGAUGCUGAACAGCACAUCCCUUGGGUUCGGAUGGUCAGUUCGGAUCAUCGGGUUCGUGAUCACUCCACUCCUGGUCUUCUCAUGCCUCGCUGUCAAAUCUCGACUCCCACCACGCAAAACAACAUUCUUCCUUGUAUCGGCAUUCAAAAGUCCCAAUUUUUCACUCCUGGUCACCGCAAUCUUCUUCAUGUUUCUCGGACUGUUCACUCCACUUUUCUACAUCCCAACAUACGCGGUAUCAAGAGGGAUGGAUGCAACUCUUGCCUCGUAUCUACUCGCAAUUCUCAACGCUGCUUCGACCUUUGGGCGUGUCAUCCCGGGUGUUCUGGCAGAUAGGUUUGGUCGAUUGAACGUUCUGAGCAUGGGCGGUAUCCUCACCGGGAUCAUCAUUUUUUGCAUGAACAAGGCUGAAUCAACCCCGGCUCUGAUCGUGUAUUCGAUCGCUUUUGGGUUUUGGUCGGGAACAAUCAUAUCUGGUUCCUCUGCCGCAUUUUCAAUUGUUAUCCUAGAUCCUCGGGCUAUCGGAACAUACUUGGGCACGGGAAUGGGGGUUGCCUCUCUUGCUGCUUUGAUCGGGCCUCCAGUCAAUGGUGCGCUGCUCAACAAGUAUGGCGGAUUUUUGGAGGUUUCGAUCUUCAGUGGAGCAAUGGUAUAG